AUGUACAAUUGGACCUCCAAUCAGACAAAUACUAAUACCCAUAUUGGUUUUAGUCCCGCACCGCAUAUCCUCGAACAUGAAGUGGUUGAAGCAUUCGCUCGUCUAGAUGCGCAUCUCGUAAAUUUGAUUGGCGUUUCUCGAUCUUCAUGCGAUGUCAUUUCUCUCGUUUCCCCAGAUUCUUUUGACGCUCUACCAAUCGCAAACAUCUUUACGUCCCUCAGGGAAGCGAAAUUUUCUUUGGACAACAUCAUAUCUCGACUUUUCCCGGACAGAAUUUCCGGCCCAAUUGAGCCCUUACUGACAAGCAUUUCCCAAUGCGCCAUUCCAGAAGCCUCCGAGCCUCCUUUUGCAAAAGAACUGAGAUCCUGCACAUCCUCAUUUCAACCAAUUUUUGAUGUCUCCCAAUCCCGAAUUGGCAGAUCCAAAAGAUCAUAA